AUGGCAGAGGCCAGUAUUUCUGUCGGUCAGGACCAGUUCGUCUGUCCAGUCUGUCUGGAUCUCCUUAAGGAUCCUGUGACUAUUCCCUGUGGACACAGUUACUGUAUGGGCUGUAUUAAGGGCUACUGGGAUCAGGAUGAUCAGAAGGGAGUCUACAGCUGCCCCCAGUGCAGACAGACCUUCAGUCCAAGACCUCCUCUGGGAAAAAAUGCCAUAUUAGCAGAAAUGAUGGAGAAAUUGAAAAAGACAAGACUCCAAGAUGCUCCUCCUGUUCUUUGUGAUGCUGAACCUGGAGAUGUGGAGUGUGAUUUUUGUAUUGAGAAGAAAGAAAAAGCCGUCAAGUCCUGUCUGACAUGUCUGGUUUCAUACUGUCAGACUCACCUCCAGCCUCACUAUGAGGUCACUGCCCUCCAGAAACACACGCUGGUCAAAGCCUCCACACGACUACAGGACAAGAUUUGCCCUCGUCACAACAAACUGAUAGAACUUUGGUGUCAAAUUGAUGAGGAACUGGUGUGUUAUUUGUGUAUGGUGGAUGAACACACAGGUCACAAAAUAGUAACAGUUGCAGAGGAGAGGACUGAAAGAGAGAAACAACUGGAGGAGAUUCAGAGGAAAACCCAGCAGAGAAUCCAGGAGAGAGAGAAGGAGGUGCAGGAGCUGAGACAGGCUAUGGAGUCUAUCAGACGUUCUGCACAGGCAGCAGUGGAGGACAGUGAGAGGAUCUUUACUGAGCUGAUCCGCUCCAUUGAGAGAAGGCGCCGUGAGGUGACAGAGCUGAUCAGAGAUCAGGAGAAGAGUGAAUUGAGUCAGGCUGAAGGAGUCCUGGAGCAACUGGAGCAGGAGAUAUCUGAUCUGAGGAGGAGAGACACUGAGCUGGAGCAGCUUUCACACACAGAGGAUCACAUCCAUUUCCUCCAGAGUUUCUCAUCUCUCUGUUCCCCUCCUGGAUCUGAAGUCUCACCCAGCAUCACUGUCAGUUCACACCUCUCUUUUGAGGAUGUAGGAAAGUCUGUCUCUCAGCUGAAAGAGCGACUGGAGCAUUUCUGUAAGGAAGACUUUGGAAGACUUUCCAGUAAAGCGACAAACUUAAUGGUCAUUCCUCCUCCUGAACCUCAAACCAGAGAAGAGUUCUUACAAUAUUCCUGUGAUCUCACGCUGGAUCCCAACACAGCAAAUAAACACCUCUGUCUGUCUGAGGGGAACAGAGUGGUGACAUGGAGUAACACAGUCCAGUCAUAUCCUGAUCAUCCAGAGAGAUUUGAUAUGUGGCGUCAGGUGUUGUGUAGAGAGAGUGUGUCUGGGCGCUGUUACUGGGAGACUGAGUGGAGUGGGGAUAAAGGGGUUUCUAUAUCAGUGUCAUAUAAAGACAUCAGGAGGAAAGGACGGGGUAGGGAGUGCGGAUUGGGACGAAGUGACCAGUCUUGGAGUUUGAUUUGCUUUUCUUCAGAUUACUCAUUCUGGCACAAUAAUAAAGAGACUAAACUCCCCAUAGUUCCCAGUUCCUCCAGAAUAGGAGUGUAUGUGGACCACAGGGCAGGAACACUGUCCUUCUACAGCAUCUCUGACACAAUGACCCUCCUCCACAGAGUCCAGACCACAUUCACUCAGCCCCUCUAUCCUGGAUCCUGGGUUGGUUUGCAGUCAACAGUGAGGUUAAGUUGUUUUCGAAAAUGAGUAAAAAUGCAAAUGUCUGGUUAUAGUUAUGAUGACUGUGUUGUAUUAUCAGAUGACAGACAUGAUUUGGUUAUUAUAGAUGGAGGUUGUAGUAAAGGAGUGCUGUGAUUUUAGAUGAGAUUACUCUAAUGAUCAUCCUCUGAUUCUUUUGUUUCUGGUCAAAUCUCUGAAGUGUUGACUGGGAGGUUUCUCUUAAUGACUGUGAUGAUUUUGUUCUGAAUAAACCACUUUGUGAAGCUCAGUCUUCCCCCUUUUCCUGGAGAUUGUGUUUAAACCCGUGAAGGACAGUCCAAUAAAAUUGUCACAUCAUGUAUGUUUUUGUACUCUGGAAUUUGACCUCUGACCUUUGAAAGGUACAUCAUUACUAAUCCAUGUAUUCACAGA